GGCCCAUUUAAUAAACCUACAUGAGUUGCUCGUAACAUCACUUAGUGAUAGAAAUUAUUGUCGAGCCAACCGUAUCGUUGAAAUUUUAUUACAAUGUCCUGAGGUCGAUGUUACUCACGUUUGGAGGGCGGCUAUAGAUGUAUUAAUGCACCUUGGAAAUGCUGAAAAAACGUGCAUAGAUUUUUUUAACCAAAUGUUAUUACAUACCAGAUGUAAGGAAGAAGUAUUGUUAGAAUUAAUUUCUUUUCAAUUACAUUCUGGCAAGCCACGAGACGCACUUGAAAUUCUUGAUACAUAUCUAACACAACAACCAUACAAAGAUAACCCACUGAUUUUUGGUUAUACGGGAAUGCUCGCUUUUGCGUUAUGGGAACAAACAAAUGUCAUUAUUAAUGGUUCCAGUGUUACUAGGCCGAUAGUUGAUCAAGAAAAUGAGGAUAUAAAUGAAGAACCCGUUAUACAUGGUGCUACUACUAUUCCUUUAAACCUCUCUUGUUCCAAAUCAGAUAUAUUAAUUCUUUAUUUCGUUAAAAUUGAUCAACAUGCAAGAUAUUACGAAUUAAGUAUUAGUUCUCUAAGAAUGGCGCUAGAAAUGGAUAAAUCAAAUGAUAUGUUUCUCGUAAUCUAUACACAGUUGUUAUUAGCUGAUGAUAUGAUUGAUGAGGCCUUAGAUAUCGUACGGAGCUUUUGCAAUCAAAAUCCACACAUUGUUAUUGGCCAUAGGCUUUUAUUCGAUAUUUUGUACAAGCAUCGAAAUGAAGACACUGAAUGGGUUCAAGCUGGAAAAGCAUAUCACCGUAUAGAUCCAGUUAGUCCCCCCGAAGCCGUACUAAAUCCUCUAAUAAAUUAUUAUGAAAAUGUGAUGGCAAAUCAAACUUCUACUACGGAUAAAAGGCCAUUAGCUGAAGUGCAUUAUAACAUUUUGGAAUUACUGUUUCAACGCAUUGAAAAUGGCGAUGAUGAAUUUGAGUACGUGAAAGAUGCUAUAGUUAAUUUUACAUGGCUAGAAUUUUUUGAUCCUCAGCAUGAAUUGAUUGAUAUACUACUAGAAAACCGUGCUUGGUUUC